UGGCUCGAAAUUUGCUGCGUGGAGAUGGUUUGACAAGUUGCUGGGGGUGGGGUUUGAGGCGGAGGUAUAAAAGGAGCACGCGCUGGCUAGCCUUCCUCUUUGCGAUUCGUGCUGAAGAUGACUAAGAAGCGAAGGAAUAACGGACGUGCAAAGAAGGGUCGUGGCCAUGUCCAGCCCAUCAGGUGUACAAACUGUGCCCGCUGCGUCCCAAAAGACAAAGCUAUUAAGAAGUUUGUCAUCCGCAACAUCGUGGAGGCUGCUGCAGUUCGAGAUAUUUCAGAGGCCAGUGUCUUUGAUGCAUAUGUGCUGCCUAAGCUGUAUGUAAAAUUGCACUACUGUGUCAGCUGUGCUAUCCACAGCAAAGUGGUGAGAAAUCGCUCACGAGAGGCCAGGAAGGACCGAACUCCACCUCCACGUUUCAGGCCAGGGGCCAACCUCCCACGUGGCCCCCCUCAAAAGCCUAUGUAAGCAUUGCUGGAUCCUAUAAAUUGUUUUGAAAGAAUAAAAAUGAUGAACAACUGAAAAAA